AUUUUUCUUGGAUACACUCUAGACACCACGCUCUUUGCAAGACAGUCAGCUGAUUGCAAUGUUGACAGCCGAAGGAAGCAACCACACCUACCCUCUUGGUUAAAUAGACAAAGGGCCAGAAUGUCACUGGAAGGUGAAAUAGGCAGUGAGAUGUAUGAGAAACUGGAGGAUAUGUCCAGCACUGAAUGGAAGAAAAGUUUAUCAGUGUCUCCUCCUGCAACAGUAAGCUGCAUAAGUGCCCCAUAUGAGGAGGAUGUUGAUCUAGGUCUUGGGGACGUUCAAAAAUAUAUAAAUGACAGUGAUAAUAAAGAGGCAAGGAGAAAGAAAUCACAUCACAGAAGAUUUACUGUUCCUGUUGUAACAGCUGACAUGCAGGAGGCUGUAGCUAGUCAGAGUGAAGACAUUAGAAUGGAUAGUAAGGCAGAGAUGUUUGCAGAGACCUUGCAAGUUCCAGUGACUCAGAGGCUCUUACACUUAAAGUAUGAUGAACUGUCAUUUGCAGACACCGAAUCCGAGUCCAUUGUUGAUGCUAGUCUCAUGUCAGGAUCAGAUAGUCAGUCUGCAUCUUUGAGACCCACAAAGAUGAAGAAGAAAUUGAAAAAGUUCAAAAGCAUGAAGCUUAAGAGGGAUGGAAGGGAUUCAGACUCUUCAGUAUCAUCAAGGAGAAGAGGAUCAACUCGAAGGGCACUUGUCAAAUGCAAAUUUUUACCAGAGGGUCUUGCGUAUAUUGAAAGCUGCUUAAAAGGCCGCAUAUUUUCUGGCUGGGUUGAUGAACGAAAAUGGGUGGAAAAUCUAGGCAGCUACAGAGACAUUGUGGAAGUGGAUGAGUGGGAAGUGGACUUCAAUAGACAGCUGAACAUCAUUAUUAGAAAAAUCCCAGGGGUGCAGGAAGGUACUAGAUGGAUCAACAUAACUGCACCCACAGCCUUUCAACUUAGUUACUGCUUGUGGGUGUUGCUUGUCCAGCCACCCAUCCCGGGCCAUUAUUGGUUUGUCAUCACUGGUGUUGCUGUGCAGCCUCUUUUUGGUUUGAAAAUUUCACUCCAAAUUGUAAGGAGUAUUGAUCCACAAGAUUACGAAUCUGCAGAAGCUCGCAGCAAAAGGAGGCAAAUGUCAUCAAGUGAGCUAGGAUAUGAGUUAGAGACAAUCAGCCAACAAUUUAUGGAUUGGUGGGAUCAAGUUCGACAGUUAAACUUUGCUCUAGUUUGGUCUGCUAUAACAGCAACAUUCACUAUCAACAAUAUCCUAGAAGCAGUCAGAUUUUGUAUAAUUUUGGUCAUCACUCUGAUAGUUGGUUUGGUAACUUUGCUUAGAGACUCUCAUCAUAUUGUGCUUGGAGUCAUUCAUGAAGCAGGCAUAUUUUUUAGAAAUUUGAGACCAUUCCUACAAUCUGUGGUUGUAUUUGUGGAAAAACUCAUAGGUGCCUUGUACCUGUUAAUAGCCAUGGUAUACAGAGACUGGAAGCAACCUAGUCCUCGAUCUGCUUCACCUUCACCAGUCACCAAGGACACACUCCAACCUUCUAAGUCAGAUCACCCUCACCUACCUACAUGUCCUCCUGCUCUACCAAGGACUGUGAGAUAUGUACCUCCGCAACAGUGGGUCUAUAAAAGGCAGACUAGUAACCCACUGCAUUGAUAGUUCCUUGAGUAUAUCGUAUUCUUUUUUGAAGCGCUUUAUUUAUUCACACAAGAAACCUUUUGAUAUUUUAAUUUUAAUGGUAUUACUGUAUUUACUACAGAAAAAGAAAUAUAUUUUCGUCUAAACUAUAAUACAACCCAGAGUUGAAUUCCCAGAAAGUGUACAUCCAAAUUGAUUACAAGAGUAAAGGCUGAAUGGUUGUGUUGCAGUCUUAAAGAACCUUGUUUUCAUAUAUUAUUUAUGGCCAUGAGUAAAUUUUGCUGUUGAUGAAAGGAAAGUUUUAAACUCGGUAUAAUUUUUGGAUUAGAUUUUUUAAUCAUAUUCAUUCAAACUGAGCUUUUGCAAUUUUGUUGUUUUGAACAUUAGUAAACCCAAACAAGCAGCAGAGUUGAGACUUUUUUAUGUUCUCAGGAAAUGGAAAAAAAUAUUUAUUUAUGUAUUUACACUAAAGUUUGAACAGGUUGAUUAUAAUGUAACUACUUGCAUAUGUGAUAUAUGAUACAUUAUGUGGAUGUGCCUUUUUACCUCAUGAUUACCUGUAGUGCUUGUUAUCAGGAGUAGAUAUUUAACAACAGACGGUAACUUUAAUUUAAUUCCAUAUGAAUAUUAUAUAUAGCAACCUAUAAAUGUGAUACAAAGUGUUUUAUUUUUUUAUUAUCUUGUUAAACAUAAUUAUACUUACGAACAAGCAAACACAUAAGUUCUGGGUCUUUUUAACAUCAUAAGAAAUGUAGCCAUUCAUACAAAACAUUAACUAAACAGAGUGUAAAUUUUUAUGAUUUGUUAUAUUUGGGCUGUGAUAUCAAGAUUUACUGUGUAAAUGAAAAGUUCAAAGUUGUUGUCAAAUUACCAAAGAUGUGAUAGAUGGUUUUCUUCAUUUAAAAAUACAUGUGUAUUAGUGUAUAUGGUUUUGCAUAUGCUUGUAGAAAAAUUGUUAGUCAUGAAUGUGCCAUAGAAUUCGAUAUGUUUUAUUGAAAUACUGUUGUUAAAUCCUUGAAAUCUAAUUUAAUUAUGUUGUGUAUGAUGACUAAAUAACAGAGAGAAAAAAGUGUUGUAUGCAUACCCAAAAGCAUUCUGGGCAAUUCAGAAUAUAGUUCUAUACAAAUAGUGAAUAAAAAUGCAUUCCUUGUGUAGUAUAAUAUAAUUUCAUGAAUCAAAAAGGAGUUUAUUAUGCUCACAGAUAUUUGUUGGCAGUAAUUGUUUUGA